ACAGGGUCAGUAAGCACUUAUUGCCACUUGAAAAGAGUAUUGUUUUAUUUUGAAAUGGUAGCCCGGUACGCGUGUGUAGCGAAGUCAAGAGCGGGAAAGGGGCAUCGGAGAGAAGGUGGCAAAAUCGGAGCGAGCAGCAGGACGGAGAGGACUCCGGAGGGCAGAGAGCAUUCGGAAGAUCAGAAGAUAUUAAUAGAGCAUGUGAUAUGGAAGUCUGAUUGCUGUGCUAUGCCUUGUGAGAUUAAGACUUCGUACCAAGAGUACCUGUCAGACCAUAAAAACACUGCCGAGGAGUGCUGAAGUGGCGAUGAAACAGCCCAACAGGAAAAGGAAGCUUGAUAUGGAUUCCAAAGAGCAUUUGGAUCAGGACAGACGCGUGGAUCAAGCUGAAGAAGAAAAGAAGCCCAGGGAUGGCACAACCUCUUUGAAUCAUGCAGCUGCCCAGGAAGCGUCAUGGUCUUGGGAGAGGUACUUGAAGGAGCAGAAGGCUGUCGCAGCACCUGUUGAGUUGUUCUCUAAGGAUCAGUCCUUUCCAGAGCAUGAAAAUGGUUUUCAGAUUGGAAUGAGAUUAGAAGGCAUUGAUCCCCGACAUCCAUCUGUAUUCUGUGUGCUUUCUGUAGCUGAGGUGUGUGGUUACCGUCUAAGACUUCAUUUUGAUGGUUAUUUAAGUUGCUAUGAUUUUUGGACCAAUGCAGGUUCCCCUGACAUUCAUCCAGUAGGCUGGUGUGAAAAGACCAAACAUAAAUUACACAUCCCUAAGGGUUAUAGAAAAGAUAAAUUUGUUUGGAUGGAUUACUUGAAGGCCUGCAAAUUGCAAAAUGCUCCCAAGAAAUUAUUCAGAAACAGAAGUUCUAAUGGGCCAAUGCCUAAAGAAUUUCAGGUUGGAAUGAAGCUGGAGGCCAUCGACAGGAAGAACCCUUCCUUGGUGUGUGUGGCGACCAUAGCAGAUAUUGUUGAAGAUCGCUUGCUAGUGCAUUUUGACAAUUGGGAUGAUAGUUACGAUUACUGGUGUGAUGUUAAUAGUCCUUAUGUCCAGCCAGUUGGUUGGUGUCAGGAGAAUGGAAGAACUCUGAUAGCACCCCAAGGUUAUCCUGAUCCAGAAAAUUUUUCCUGGACAGAGUAUCUGGAAGCUACUCAAACUAAUGCAGUUCCUGCCAAAGUUUUUAAAAUGAGGUUGCCUCAUGGUUUUCUGCCAAAUAUGAAACUUGAAGUUGUGGAUAAACGAAACCCCAGGUUAAUUCGUGUUGCUACAAUUACAGAUGUUGAUGACCAGAGAGUAAAGGUUCAUUUUGAUGGCUGGGACCAUAAGUAUGACUACUGGGUCGAGGCAGACAGCCCUGACAUCCACCCAGUCAGGUGGUGUGAUGUCACCGGACAUCCACUGGAAGUGCCACAUCGAGCAAAUGAUGUGAAAAUCCUUCCGGGUCAAGCUGUUUGUCCUACUCCGGGGUGCCGAGGAAUAGGCCAUAUCCGUGGUCCACGUUAUUCAGGACAUCACAGUGCUUUCGGCUGCCCGUAUUCGGACAUGAACUUGAAAAAGGAGGCAACACUUCUUGAUCAUCUGAGAGAACAAACACAGGCAAAUUUGGAAUCAGACUCUUCACAUUCAAAAUUGAAAAACCUCUGUAGUUUGAAAUUCAAUGGAAAACAUGAAAAGGUGAACAGUCAGCCCAGACUUGUACAGCAGGCAAAGUGUUUGAAAAUCAAAGGAAAAGAAGAUAUUGACUUGGAUAAUCUCUUCAGAGAGUUCUCCGCUGGGCAGACGCAGCAGGCGCUUCACCAGUCGGUCUUCAUGUCAGCCGUGGCAGCCCGCCCUUUCUGGGACCUUCCGCUCGGCAGGGAGCAGCACUGCAAGCUGCUGCCAGGCGUGGCUGACAUCCAGGCGAGCCAGGUGGCCCGGUGGACGGUGGACGAGGUGGCUGAGUUUGUACAGUCUCUUCUGGGCUGCGACGAGCAUGCCAAGUGCUUUAAGAAAGAGCAGAUCGAUGGCAAAGCCUUCCUGCUCCUGACACAGACAGACAUUGUCAAAGUAAUGAAGAUCAAACUGGGUCCAGCACUGAAGAUUUAUAAUUCCAUCCUGAUGUUCAGGAAUUCCCAGGACCUCACUGAGGAAGACAUUGUCUCAGACCAGGAAGUCAGGGGAUGAGUUCGCUCCCGAACGCCCGCUGGCACCAGGACCUGCGCUGUCUCAGCAAUAAGUUGGAGCACAUUAAUUUGAUUUUAAUGUCCCCAUGGUCAUAUCCACAUUUAAUCUGGACAUUAUAAAUCGUCUGUGGUUUAUAUGUUUGCAGGAUCUUGACGACUGAUCAAGUGCCAGUGACUCAGAGACUUAGGCACGUGUUCAGGUUUGGGUUUGGGUUUAUGAACAUCGUUAUUUUUGGUGGGAUCCUUUCAGCUCUGAUGUGUUUGCAGCAGACAGACCAAAGAAGCCCACACAUGCACCUUUGUCCUUUUCCCUCACUAUAAAAGAAACCAUUUUCCAUUUUACAAGCAGAAGACUCUCAAGUGGUAAGAUAUUAGAAAGACAGUAUUCAUAAAUACAUUGUUGUUAACAUUUUCACCAGAACAAGGUUGGCUCAGAUCUGCCAUCUGGGCGCAGUGAGGCUAAGAGUUAGAGGCUUGGUGCUUUAAAAAGACUUCAUGUGAGAUUUUAGUGUACUUUACUCAGGAAAGUGUGAAUCUUAAAAUAAUAAUAAUAAUAAUAAGCACAUGUUUUCAUGAUUCAUAAUUCUCCUAUUUGUUCCAUUAACCAUUUCUCAGUUGUGCUCCCAAGGCUUCCUAGCACCUAGGAGAAGGAGUGUGCCCAGGAGUAAGGAGAGGACAGGCAGGGGGCACUCCCAAAAGCUGGCGAGACCCUCCACCAGCAGCAGGGCCUCGGGGGACUCUGCACCAACGUUGGCAUUGGCUGGUGGGCCAGACACCCACCUGCACAGAAAUCCCCCCCCCCCAAUUUCUCCUGCGAUCUGUCCGCAUCUGUGUGAUGAGGAGUUAUGCUACUCUGGGGCCUUGUGUACAUCUAUACAAACAGACGCAUGCCAUCAAAAGGGAAGAUCUCUACAGUAGGGAGCUUGGUAUCUAAUCUUUGUUUGAAAAAUUCUGAUUUGUUAUCAGACUUUAUCUGUUUUUUAAACGUGAUUGUAUCUUGACUUAAGUUGUGUAGAGUCAGUCCCACAGUUUUGAAAGGCAAAGACCUCUCUUCUUACACCUCUUACUACUCUUACACCUGGAAACAGCUACAAGUGCCCUCAUGGGAGUGGCGAUCACCAUUUUGGGUGGGGAAAGAAAGGGAAGAGAUACAAAAAGAGACUCAGGCCUGACUGCACACAUUUGCUUCAUUAGGAAUGUUAUGGUUUGAUUCUGCUUAGAGAAUUUCUCAAACUUUGGGUCACUGAAGAAACAAAAAUCUUCUCGAAGAGGUGUGCAUAUGUUACAUCCUUACCUAAAUGGAAUUUUAAUAUAUUAUUAGUUGUUCUACAUUUUGUUUCUAUGGAGUUUUGUUUGUUGUUUUGUUUUGUUUGGCUUUUUGUAGACUGCCACGUGCAAUUAAAAUCCCUGCUUCUGCUAUGUUAAAAAUUUUAAUAUAUUUUAAAUGAUAAUAAACAGAUAAUAC